AUUUUCAAGGUCAUCGCUCCUAUACUUGGUGCACGACCCUAAAUUCCUUCGAAAUUCUGCGCGGUCGACAGUUAUUUUGAAAAAUGGAUCUUACUCUGGACGAUCUAGUUCAAGAGUCCGAGAAGUUACUUAUGGACGUACAAGAAGAUAAUGAUCUGCCGCAUAUCACUAGAAGCUUGGACCAAAUGCGUCACUUAGGUGAAAAACUCUAUUUGUCCAGAGGAUCCAACAGUGAUGUUAAAGCUGCUCGUCUUUUGGGGCCAAAAAUGAGCUACGAACUGCCUCAAAAUCUGACUACAAAGUUAGAAAAUUUGGUUCCGACUGAUGUAUACGACAUGUGUCCCGUUGUACCCAAGACUGAUAUCCAGUCAUUCUUAAGAUCAGAGAGAGAUAAUGCAUUGCUAACCGCAAUACUUAUGACUCGAAAGUCGAUGUUUGAAGAAGUUGAGGAGCGGUGUGAUGCCUAUUUACAAACCUGGUGGGAACAAGAAGCUGCUGGAGUGUUAAGUGGUCUAUCGGGUUCAAAUGGGCCUCUGGAUACAGAACUCACCUCCUUACCUGAUUUAGAAAGUUAUGGUCAUUCCGAAUCGGGGAGUGGAAUACAAACUAUGCAGUUAACACGGGAUGAACUGCUUUAUGCAAAUCAAUUGGAUUACUACCUUACCAUGCGUCUCACAUCUACCGAUUUCACACCUAUCCAAAAUGGAGUUCCUCGUGACUUACUAACAUAUAUGUCACGAACUCAAGAUUCAGUUUCUCGCGAAAAACAGUUAAAAACGCAGCUGAAAAAUCCUCAUUCUGAUAUCACGGAAAUAUGGAACAUUAUGAAGACAAUUUCUCAUCAUAUGCGUAAUGAGCAUAGUAGUAUGUUAUCAUAUGACCAUCCAUUGGAAGUUCGAGCGUCUGCAUCUAUACAAAAUACUUUAUCGCUAUGUUCUUUAGAACAUUUGGAGUCUGAGUUUCUAGAGUUUCUAAAAAUAACGAUUGCUAACCAGCCUCGAUUAGCUCGACUUGGUGGACGUCCAGGGACCCGAUCAUUAGUGCGUGCAUAUCUGAGUCUUCGUCUGCCAUCCGACAACGUAGCAGAUGUCCCUUCUUUGAGUAACCUCUAUCAAUUAUCCGAACAAAACGGUUGGGAAUUUGAUGAUGGUCUUGUAGAUGGUGUUCCUGUGUGGCCAAUGAUUUUUUACUGCCUUCGUACGGGAGAUACCGAAGUUACUUUGGAAGUUGCUCGUGAUGCCUUAAACAACUUAGGAAACUUUGUAACGGUGCUAGAGGAUUAUGUAAAACAUAACCGCCGUCUCAGAACUCCCAACCAAGCAAGAUUUCGUCAGACAUGCAAACAAGUGAUCAAGUCUACUCGUGAUCCAUAUAAACGACUAACAUAUUCUAUUCUUGGCCAAUGUGACCUCACUGAAAAUCAUUCAGACAUUAUUUCAAAUAUAGAUGACUUUCUAUGGAUAAAGAUAUCUCAAGUUAUUGCUCAAGAGCCCUCAGAAUCAGUGGUUGCAUCAAAAAAUAGUAUGGAUGAUACUUUUACUUUAGGUCAAUUGCAAACUUUACUAUACGAAACCUAUGGUGAGGUGCACUUUGACGCAUGGUCUCAACCACUGGUGUUUUUUAAAAUACUUUGUCUUACUCAACAGUAUGAAGCUGCUAUUGGAUUUCUCGCUCGAUUUGAACAACUACGAUGUCAUGCUGUUCAUAUUGCUUUAGUUCUGAGAGACUUACAUAUGCUUUUACUUCCCAACUGGCUCCACGCGCCACUUGUGGUUCGUAAUGAUUACGAUCCUACAGGGUUUCGCAGGCUUAAUUUGGCUCGUUUAAUUAUGUUGUAUACGCGGAAAUUUGAAUUCACUGAUCCAGAAAAAGCCCUUAUGUAUUAUUACAUGCUUUCUGACAUCCCAAUUACUACUGAAAAGUCACCUGAAGAAGAUUCUAAUGCAACUAUUCCAAGUGGUCUAUACAAUACGUCUCUCGAACAUUUGACUGCUAAAGGUCAAAAUUUGUUCGUCCAAUGUGUUUGUGAAUUGGCUUUAGCAAACAAGGAGUUAGAUUUACUCUUGGGAUGUGUUGGUGAAAACGAUAUUCGCAAAGUAAGUUAUAAUUUACCUGAGAUCCUGUGUAUGUUUUGUAGAACCUGUCACUUUUUGAUGGCUAACCUAUUGAGACUAGAUCACGUUGUAAAUAACUAACCUCUUUUUUUGAUAUAUUCUAUUGGAGUGAUAGUAUUCUGGCUGUAACAAGCUGUAAUACUGUUGGGAAAUGCAAUAUGUCUUCAAAAAGAGAUAAAAAUCAGUUAGAAAAAUUAAAACUUCGAGUCGUCAUCUUGAAUUCGCGUAGCGCUCCGAAACUCACAUUCUCAUAAAUGCGCACAUGUUCUUCGCCAUGCCAUCAGUCGUAUUUACCAUAAGACAUGCUUUUUAUUGUCUUCACCUGUCGACGUCUGGGCCGGAUAGUUAAUGAGGACGUAGUGCGAGUUUGGUUUCGACCUAUUUCGCAGCACUGAGAACACUUUUUUAAAUUGUGUGGUCGAGGAAUUAUGUAUCAUUUACAAGUUUAGUGUUGAAUAACGGGAACAAACGUGUUUUCUGACAUGUCCAAGCACAUUUGUCUAACUUAAGAAAGUUGUAAUUUAUAUCAUAGAUGUAUAAUGCACAUAAAAAGUAAAAUUAGUACAUUUAACUGUUCAUCAGGGAUGUUAAAAUAUUCGACGUCAAGUCGCAUGUUUAAAAUACAAUUGAGAGAUUGGUGAGUAUUUUUGUUCCGUUUAUAUUAUAAUACCUAAUCCUAUAUUAUCUUCCAAAGAUCUACGCGUCCCAAUAUCGAUGGUAUAGCUACUGGGUUCUGCAGGUGCCUGAGUAUAGUCCACCUUCUAGAUAAUUUCAGAUUCCAUCUUACAACUGAUAUUUCGUUUAAUUAAUAUGCUUUUCUUACAUCAACAUAUAAAUGCUUACAAAUAUCGGUUCUUUUAGCCUGGUGCUAUCGACCGCUUUUGCAGGUCUGUAGAAUCCCGUCGAGAGUUGAUCCGUACUGUUGCUGAUGUUUUUGAGUCCACUGGUCAAGUAGUUGAAGCUAUUCAUUUAUAUUUACUAGCUUCUUCCUGUGGAGAUCCUAAACCUGACGUUCUAGUUUCUGUUACUUUGAUAAAUACUGUACUAUCAAGUGUCAUAGUAACAUCUGAUCUUGGGUCAACACCAAUUACACAAUCCCGAUCCGGAGGACAAUUGGAUCGUAGUUCACUUCUGAGACUUGCGACAGAGGUAAGACAGAAUUCCAUCAAACAUUAUUUUCUGCAUUUUUGUAUGCUUGCUCUCACUAUCGUAUUUCGUACAUGUUAUGAUAAUUAUUUUACUACAAUCUGUCCACCAUGAUGGACCUUAAUGUUCAUCGUGCUUGAAGGCUUGAGGAUGAAGAAAUACAUUAAUUGUUCUUAAUAAUUAUUGUCGAUUAGUAUAAAUUAUCGUCACAAACUCUUCUUUGGCGCGCAUCCAAACUUAAUAUUCAAGAGUAAUUAUAUGUUCGUCUUCAACAAUUAGUAUUUUCGAUAAUUUCAGCAUCGCGAUAUACCUAGUGCAUGAAGAUCAAGAUCUCGACAGGGGAAAACAGUAAUUAUUACAGUCUGUUUGGGAAAAAGGUUAUCUUUAUAGUUAAAUAAGUACAAGUUAAACGAAUAUAAAAUCGGUAAACAAAGUGUAAUGAAUGUUUUCAUAAUGAAGCCUCAUAAGAGCUCGGAAAUAUAUUCUACUUAUUUAACAAGUGUUAAUGAAUGCAUCCAAGGUUAAUAGUUUGUAUUACUCUGGACAUGUGCGCAGUGUUGAAGAUAGCAGAUUGCUUAAAAUAUACAUAUAUUUUCACAAAUUAUUUCUCUUUUUUGACUGAAUCAUACUAAAGUAGUGAUCAUGUUCAAAAAGUGUCCAUAUGCUCCUGUGAAUAGUUUUUAUAAAAUAUAGGAAUGUAAUGUUCAAGUUAAAGUAAGUGUAUCAAUUCAUAUUUACGACCUAAACAGUAUAAUUAUUUCAACUGUUUUCUUGCUAAACAGAUUGCUCAUAAAGUCCGCCGACUAGGCUUAUCAUCAGAUGAUAGUAAUCAUCUCAUCCAAAAUGACAUUGAAACAAGUGUGACUGAAUCUACCUCGGCUAUAAAAAUAUUAUUUUACCUCCUCGAUUUGGCCGCGUUCUUCGACUUAGUUGAUGCAGAAAGAUGGCAAGCAGCUAUUGACCACAUAGAUCAACUGGGUUUAUUCCCAAUUAAUUCGCAAGCUUCCAAUGUAGAAUUUUGUGCGAUGCUGUUCUCGCAACUCCCAGAUCUUGUACGCCGCCCUCUGCCGUGGGCAUUAUAUGCUUUAAUGCGUUGCUUAUCAGCGAAGUGUGGUCGAGUUUCAUCUGUCACAAGGUCAGUUCCGUGAUAAAUCAAAUAGAUGUUGAAACUACUUUUUAUUAACUGGAUAAAAAUGUUUAAUGUUCGUACCCACUUGGCUUAUUGAAACAUUUUUAGUAAUGGAACGCGAGCGGACAGCACUUCUAAAAUGGCUACUUCUGAAAUUCGCUCCAGAGCAAAGGCCUUGAUAGCAUAUGUUGGUCGUAUUCCGCACAGACUACCAAGUGAAAUUUAUGCUGGACUUACUAGGAUGGAUAUGGAGAUAAUAUAAUCUGCUACUGAAAUGCUUUCGAACAAUCAACUAUUAGUGUUGUGUACAUUAUCAAUACUUUCUGUGUACCUUUUCUACAAUAAAUUAACGAGUAAGGUUGCUAUCGUUGAUUUUAG